GAAGGCGAGGUAAGCUCCCCCACUUUUCCCUGUUUAUCAGUCCCUCACUUGAGCUCGGAUCCCCAUCAUCGUUGAUAUUGGUUCCCGGAUCAUCCUCCGCCCACCCCGUUGUGACUGUAAACCCGGCUGAUUCAACCAUGGCUGAUUGGGACGAAGAGGUUCAAGUUGAGGGCGAGGCUCCCGUGGCCCCAGCUAUUCCCGAUCCGGUCAUUUCGGAAUUGCCCGAUAUCAAGCUGUUCGGCAAAUGGAACUGCGAUGAAGUGAAUGUGUCGGACAUGUCCCUUCAGGACUACAUUGCCGUCAAGGAGAAGUACGCGAAGUACAUUCCCCACAGUGCCGGGCGUUAUGCCGCCAAGCGAUUCCGCAAGGCUCAAUGUCCCGUGGUCGAGCGACUGGUCAACUCGCUCAUGAUGCACGGACGUAACAACGGCAAGAAACUCAUGACGGUUCGCAUUGUCAAGCAUAGCUUCGAAAUUAUGCAUCUUCUGACCGGAGAGAACCCUCUGCAAGUGUUGGUGAACGCCGUCAUCAACUCGGGACCCCGUGAGGAUUCCACCCGUAUUGGUCGUGCUGGUACCGUGAGGCGACAAGCCGUGGACGUGUCUCCUCUGCGACGCGUUAACCAAGCCAUCUGGCUUUUGUGCACCGGCGCCCGGGAGGCCAGUUUCCGUAACAUCAAGUCCAUCGCCGAGUGCUUGGCUGAUGAGCUCAUCAAUGCCGCCAAGGGGAGCUCCAACAGUUAUGCCAUCAAGAAGAAGGAUGAACUCGAGCGUGUGGCCAAGUCUAAUCGAUAAGAAGCUGCUUGUGUGUAAUCUGAAAUUUGUUCUUCAACCUGGAGCAACUGUUACAUAUGAAAUAGAUGCUGUCCAACCCCCAAA